UCCGAGACUGCAGGAAGAAAACAAAGUGGAAACUCCUCACAAGCGGAGCCGCUCCCGUCUCCGCAUCCACGCGCACAGCAGCUCCACGGCCACGAUGCACCCCCACCUGACUCUCCUCCCCAUUGUGGCCUUCGUCUUCUCGCCCGGAGCAUGGGGCCUGAGCGGCGGCAGCGCGCCCGGCGUGGUGGCGGAGCCCAUGGACAUCACCCUCCCCGCGGGCUCUAAGGCCCUUCUGCCCUGCCAGAGCCCGCGCAUGGUGUGGCCCAGGGACCGGCUGAAGGACCGUCAGAGGGUGGUGCACUGGGACUGUCGCAGCAGCCCGGAGUACUCUGUGGAGCGGGUCCUCGACAUGUCCCCUGGGGCCCACCAGAGGGUCUACAAUGGCUUCAACAAGGGACGCGUCUCCAUCCCGGACUCUGCCUUCGACGACGGCAACUUCUCCCUCGUCAUCGACGCCGUUGUCGCGGCCGACAAAGGGAUGUAUACUUGUAAUCUGCACCACCACUACUGCCAGAUUCACCAGUCCAUCCAGAUCCAACUCAACGUGACUAAAUCAGCUCGAAAAGAGAAGCGCUACUGGGAUGGAGAGAAGUCCGUGUUCGUGGUGCUGCUGGGGAAGUCGGUGGUGUUGCCCUGUGUGAACCGGCGCCCCCUGUGGAGGGAGGGCCUCCAGGAGGAACAGCAACAAGUGGCCCACUGGGACUUCCAGCCCCCCGGCGUGCGCCCUGACAGUGCCGACCGCCUGGUGGACCUCUACGCCUCCGGGGAGCGCCGGGAUUACGGGCCGCUCUUCGGGCAGAGCCGGAUGAGCGUGGAGGAGGACGCGUUCACCUUGGGAGACUUCUCGCUCUCCAUUUCUAGCUUGAAGCCCGCCGACAAAGGCCUGUACUACUGCCACCUGCAUCACCAUUACUGUGGUCUGCACGAGAGACGCAUCUUCAGGCUCACUGUGGGACCUCCGCUUCCAUCCGGCCCCACCACGGCACCCAGGAUUUCCCAGAACGAUGUGCCGGAGCUAAGGACUGAAGAGGUGGAGGGUCCACGUGUGGUGAAUGUCAUCCUCCCAGACCACCGCGGUUAUUUCGUGCAGCAUUUGGGCUACUUCCUGGCCACUUUCCUGCUGCUGGCCUGCAUCGUUGUCGCAGUCAUCAUGCUGACUCGACGACGCAAAAAGAGAGGUCUCGAGUAUGACCUGCGUCGACAUGAUCGGGUAAAUGUGAUCAGUGGAGGUGAAAUGACGUUAGACUGCACAGAGCUGAGGACCCGUAACCAAGAACCCAGGAAUUCAGAACUCAAAAACAACCUACUGAAAGAGAGUAACAUGGCCAAAGACUGCGAUAUGGACUCCGGGAAGCUGUGGAAAUGAGAGCCAUGUCUCUGAGGCGCUGCUGGCAGGUCCAGGGCAAAGACCGGGAGGGCAAAGGACUGUGGAGAGAAGGAGGGGGAAACAAGAGGCAACCCAGGAGAGGACAGGAGGAAUGCUCCCUCUGCUGUAACGCUAACACACCAAGCUUUUUCAUUAAAAGCCACCACAUUUGUUUUAUGACUCAUUUUUUGAAUUUAACUUGCAUUUUCACCAGGUCCUAUUCAGUUAAAGAUAGAGUUGACCCUUACUUUUUGCAUUCAUUGAAUAGCUUAUGUUGAAUAUUAAGCAUUUUUUACUCAUUCUUUUGAAAAAGUGCAUGCUGUUUAUGUUUUAUGUGUACUUUUCAUGCUUACAGACUUGUAAGUUUGCAGUUUUGAGGUGUGAUCUUUUUUUAACUAAGUCUGCUGUAGUGUAAUAUCUAAAGGAUUUUCAUUAUGUUUCAAAGUUAAUGUCUGUGUAGGUCGACAGUGUUUGAAAACAAGGUGAACUUAUUUCUAGCUCCCUAAUAAGACUUUUUCAUUUCAAAACUGUGGUUAUUUUAGAGAUGCAGACUGCCAGACUUCAUUUAUUUUCCAAAUACUAUUUUUGUUUCAAAUUGGUUCUGUGGUAAUUUAUAGUGAAAUUUAAUAGUCAUAAUAAAUGGACUAAAGGCUCGGUGUACCAAAACUCAGGAAACAAAUACAUAAUAACUGCUAUCUGGUUUUAAUGGGCUGCAUAAAGUGCAGGUUUGUAAAACACUAACGUUUCAUAACUAAACCUGAUGAUACGAGUUAAGAAUCUGUCUUAAGCGCCAUGAGGUUCACAGGAAGAAGACUGUCUCCUAUCUCAGUAACGCUAAACCACAAACUGUAAUCCUGUCCUGAUUUUGCUGUCUUCUAGACAAUAUUUCUUCUAUUAAGGGUUUGCAACAGUAGCCACAUAUGCGUCACUCUCUGUUCUUGUUGUUAAGAGGGUGGGACACACAGACGUUGACCAAUAACAUGUGAUAUUCAUUGUAUCAGCACAGUUGUAGGUAAGUAAUUUACUUUUGUUUUGCAUCAUGAGAUAAGUGAACCACUGUAGUGUUACAGGUAGUUAACAUGCUGUUGUUCAUGUCACAUUGUAACCAGCCAGGCAUUACUAAGCCUUCACCUAUUGUCACCCCAUCCAGUGAUAAUAAAGCAGUUACACUCA